AUGGCCCACUGCCGAGACCUCAUGCUCUGCGCUGCCUUGGCCCAACUGGCGUCUCUGGGGGUCUCCCUCCACCUUGGCAGGGAAAGCACAGAUGAGCUCAAAGUUCUGCGGGUCUCAAUUGCCAAGUUUCCGCCAGUGCGAGCCGUCCUGUCUGGCAGCCUCACCAUCCCCUGCCACAUCACCUACCUGCGGCCACUGCCCACUGCCGAAAUGGCCGGCCGCCAAGGGGUUCGGGGCACCCUCCGAGUAAAGUGGACCUUCCUUGUUGAUGGCAAAGAGACCGAGAUCCUGGUAGCCCGGGGCCUGAAGGUCAAAGUCAGCGAAAUCUACCGUAACCGAGUCUUCCUGCCCUUCUAUCCUGACUCGCCCAUGGAUGCCACCCUGGUCCUGAGCGAGCUGCGCUCCAAUGAUUCUGGACUGUAUCGCUGUGACGCUCAACACGGGAUUGAGGACGGGCAGGAUUUCCUGGAGGUGAAGGUGAAGGGGGUCGUCUUCCAUUACCGGGGAGGCUCUUCCCGCUAUGCCUACACCUUUCCCCAGGCCCAGGCGGCCUGCGCCCGGAUCGGGGCGGCCAUCGCCACCCCCGAGCAGCUCCACGCCGCCUACCGCAGCGGCUAUGAGCAGUGCGACGCCGGCUGGCUGGCGGACCAGACGGUCAGGUAUCCCAUCCAUACCCCUCGCGAAGCCUGCUAUGGAGACAUGAAUGGCUUUCCGGGAAUCCGCAAUUAUGGCGUAGUCAAUCCAGAUGACAUGUAUGACGUCUACUGCUACGCUGAAGAACUUUAUGGGGACCUGUUUUUGGUGAGCUCCCUGAGGAAAUUCACCUGGGAGGAGGCCAAAGCCGAGUGUGAAGCUCAGGGGGUGGAGAUGGCCACGACCGGCCAGCUCUAUGCGGCCUGGAACCAAGGGCUGGACCACUGCAGCCCAGGCUGGCUGGCAGACGGCAGCGUGCGCUACCCGAUUGUGACACCCCGCGAGAAGUGUGGAGGGAAUCUGCCAGGAGUCAAAACCAUCUUCCUCUUUCACAAUCAGACGGGAUUCCCAGAUCCCCAGAGCAAGUACGACGUGUUCUGCUUCAAAGAAGACGGCCCGGGCAGUAACCCUCGCUCUCUUUCUAGCAGCAAGGAGAUCAGCACGGUGACCCAGAGGAUGGAGGAGCUGCAGCUGGCCGAGGGAGAGCCCGAGGGGGCCAAGGAGUCCAGGGGGGCCAUUUAUUCUGUGCCCCUCUUCCAGGAUCCCGUUGAGGUGCCAGAGGAGCCAAGCAAAGCCUUUGAGGAGGCGGCCACCACAGAGCCCGAGGAGUCUGGCCCAGGCGGUUGUGACAGGCGGAGCGGAGGAGAAGAGGGGGAGGAAAGAGUUGGCAGCUGUGCCAGGCGACACGGGCCUGGGCGAGAGCCAGCAGAGCCCGGCGCAGAGGAGGUGCCCAGCACCCAGGAGGCCCACGUCACGGACCAAAGGCAACAGAGGGAGGAAGGAGAGCCAGAGAUUUCGGAGGCAUCUCCUCAGGAAGGGGAGGCUGAGGACGGAGAGGCAGUGGGGAGCCAGCCCAGGGAUGAGAAGGAGCCCCACGGUGUCCGCAGCCCUGCAGAGCCCUCCCCAGAGACCGCAGCCAGCUCCUCUGACAGCCCAGAGGGAGAGACAGUGGGCAAAGUCCAUGAAGGUCUCUCUGCGUCUCCCUCAGAGACGGUCACCGAAAGGACUCACGGUGCCGGCCAGGGCUCCAGUCCCCCUGAAGAGACUGAGGCGGGAGCUUCUUCUGCCAGGCAAGUCGAAAGCAGCUCCCCCGUGUCUGGGCGGGCAGGCACUCGCCACCCCAGUCCUCCCCGAGAGGCAGGAUCUGAGCCUCCAGGGACAGCCGCCUUCCCGGUGACCCCCUGGGCUCCCAUGCUGCUCCCGUCCCUGAGCGUGACGCCAACCGGCCCAUCUGAAGAGAGUGGGGACCACUCGGGUUCCUCCUGGCCACCACCAGCCAGGGUCUCCCCGGCCGCCAUCUCCAGUCCUCCAGACGAGGCCGUGGCUACCCCGAAGGCUUUUGCUGGCUCUGGAGAGGAGCCUGAGAUGGAGGAUGGGGCUGAGACCGAAGCCGGCCCUUCCGAAGAGGAGCCCUGGGCAGAAGCAUCGGAGAAGGAGCAGGAGGCGGCUCUGACGACGACGGUGCCAGCUGCAGAGGAAGAAGGGCACCCGGGACACCAGGAGGCUGUCCCCUCUGGAGGCCCUUUGGGCUUGGACUUCUUCAGCACCCCGUUCCUGGAGGCCUCCUUGACUACCACCCACUCUCGGCCAGUUCUGCCCACUGAAAGUGCCAGCCUUGGAGCAUCUGGCAGCGUGUCAGACGCCUGCAUGCCAAACCCCUGCAGGAACGGAGGGACCUGCACGGAAGAAAGUGGGCGCCCAGGGUGCCUCUGCCUGCCGGGAUACGGAGGGGAUGCCUGCGACGUCAGCCUGAGGAAGUGCCAGCCCGGCUGGGACGCCUUCCAAGCAUUCUGCUACAAGCACUUUUCUGCCCGGAGGAGCUGGGAGGACUCCGAGACCCAGUGCAGGGAGCAUGGGGGCCACCUGGCCAACAUCAUGUCUCCGGAGGAGCAGAGCUUCAUCAACAGUCAGUACAAGGAAUACCAGUGGAUCGGCCUGAAUGACCGCACGAUCGAAGGGGACUUCCAGUGGUCUGACGGGAGUCCUCUGCUGUAUGAGAGCUGGCAGGACGGGCAGCCUGACAGCCAUUUCCUCUACGGGGAGAACUGCGUGGGCAUGUCCUGGCGAAAGGAUGGGAAGUGGAGCGACGUGCCCUGUGGCUACCAUCUGCCCUUCACCUGCAAAAUGGGGCUGAUCUCUUGCAGCUCCCCUCCCAAAGUGGCCAACGCGCAGAUAUUUGGCAAACCAAAGCAGCAUUACGAAGUCAAUUCUGUCCUCCGAUACUGGUGCCCGGAAGGCUUCGCUCAGCGCCGCCAGCCGCUCAUCCGCUGCCAGGAGAACGGCCAGUGGCAGCAGCCACAAUUCGCCUGCAGCCCCGGGGAGUCCUAG